UUGUUGUUGUCUGAUUUUAGUCUGCGUUUCAUUCUUCAUCGUUUAAGGGCAUCGGAAACGGAUUUGCCUGCAAAUUGUAAACAAAUCGUCAAAAAACUGUUAUAUUAUUUUAAAUCACUGUCCAUUGAGAGUUGUAGACGUGGGUUAUGUCAUAUCCCAAUAUUUUUCGUGACUAGGACAGUUAUUAAACGAGUUUAUCGGGUCAUAGGAAGCCGUUCAAUGUUUUCGGAAUAGUUUGGGAAACAAGAAGGAUACAAAAUGAUGGAAGUUAGCCAGAACGUCGAACUAAAGGAUUUGUCCUCAGAAGGGGCUUUAAUGCGGACUCUUUCAUCAGACCUCGGUGGUGAAGUAAAACCCCUCUCCACCCCUGCAAUUGGCCACGAAUCGAGUCGGACGUCCAGGGAUGAGGAGGACCUGUGUGAGCUUCCCAAUGGAGUCGAUACCACUGACACCGUCAAGGAUAUUAUAGACAAACCGGUAACAGGAUCGGACCAGGGGCGCAAUGCGGGCAGCGAUUUGGACGCACUGCUGGACAAGAUAAGCUCCAUUGUGGACUGUAGUCCCAGGAAUUCAGACGAUCUGGAGGCACCCGAUAAGAGCGAGGAAUGCGACUCUGCGUCGACGAAGGUAAAAACAGAUGAGACGGAGGAAAAUCAGGCAAAGCAUAGAGAAGUUAUAGAAGAAGAAGAGGUGGUGGAAUCAACAGAAAGCGAAGAUCGCGUGGAGCCGGUAUCCGAGUUAGAGACUGAGGAAAAAGCUGAAGUAGAAAAUAUUGAAGACUUCGAAGAAUACGCUCCAGCCAAAGAAUCGUCGGAGGAAAUCAAAGAUAUAGCUGAGCUGACAAAGGAAAUUAUUGAAAAACAAAAAGACGCGAAGGAAAAAUCGGAAGAAGAAGAUGUGGGCAAAGCACAUGCUGCGGAUAACAAUAAAAAAGAACGGGCAAAGGUAAACACCUCCUCGGAUGAUGUGUUUAUGGAUGCUCUAGACAGCAUUUCCAGUUCUGAUGAGUUUGAUGCUUUCGGUCCUCAGGAUUCUGAAAAGCCCAAGCUAAGUAAAAAGCUUAAUACCGGGGAUAAACCAGUUGCCGAACUGGAAGAAAUUUCCUCCGAUGAUGAAAUUCUUAAGGUCGCGAAGGUUGAUAUAGUUGAGCCAGCAAAACCCAAAGCGGACAUCAUAGAUUUGGACUCCUCCGACGAGUGUGUGGUUUGCGAGACGACAACGGAGGAACUGAACACCAUAGCCAAAAUAGAUGAUACCGUAAAAGUUACUCUUAAUAUAGGAGCAGCAACGGAUAAGGAGACUAAAAAAAAUAAAAUUUCAGAAAAACCCGUGGAUACGUCUGAAGAUGAGCCAGUUAAAGCUAACGAAGCGAGAGAGCCUCAGUUAGAAGAUAAUCCCACAGAGGACUCACCAAGCGUAAACGAAGACACAAAGGUAACCGAAGAGCCGCCAGAGCCCAUUUUUAUUGGAGGCGAAGAGCCCCCAUUAGUCGAAGUGUCCGAAGAGUCAAAGGAAACAGAACUGCCCGAGGAGGAUAAGAAUACAGAAAAGCCUAAAGUGGCCAAAGAUACUAAAGAGCUCGAUGAGGUCAACAAAUCUGAGCCGGAAGAGGGCAAGGAAACAGAAAAUCUUGAUGAGAUCAAGGAAACAGAAGAGCUGGAGGAGGCUAAUAUACUAAAAGAGGAAGAAGCGGACGAAGGAAAAAAAGAGGCGAAAGAGACCGAGGAAAUAGAGUCGAAAGAGACCCAGGGGUCAGAAAUCCCGGAAACGACGAAAGAAAUUGAAGACGCGGUGAAAAACAAGAAAAAAGAAAAGCCAGAAGAGGCACAGUCAACUGAGGAGACAAAGGAGACUUUUAUGAUCGAAGACGAGGAAACAGAAGAUCCUACAAAAGUGGGCAAAACUGAGGUAAAGAGGCAAGCUCAAACCAAGGAAAUAAACGACACCUCGACAGUCGAUUUGCUUAUGGAGACGGACCAAAAUACCCUCGAAAGAGAAGAGAAGAAAGUGAAAGAUGAUGAACCAAUGGUUAUAUCAGAAAAUAAGGAACCCAAAGUUAAUGGGGUUUGCGAAAAGUCAUCCGUUGACAAUGACAAGGAUUUGGUUAAGGAAAAACCAACUAGUGAAAAGGAAGCCAAAGAGACGGAGUCCGAUGACGAAGUAAUUUUCUUUGAGCCUAUUGAUAAGACCAUUAAGGUUGACCCUUCAGAAAGUAAGAUGUCCGAGAAUCCUAAACCUAAAGAUGACGAAGUUGUCCUUGUGUCAGAGGAUGAGGAUGAAGAACCGCAGGCAAAGAAGCUGGAAAAGGACCUUCUCCAAAGUACAGAGAAAGAAAAGACUGCCAAAGAACUUCCCAGUGAUUCACCAGCGGAAUCGACUGAGGCCAAAGGCCUACUAUUGGACAAUUCCGACAAUGCGUGUGAUCAGUUUGAGAAACUGAAGACACACGUUAAGGCGAAGUCCACUGCCACGGAGGAUGGAAACAGUAAUUCGAGCAAUCUUUUGCGGCCCGCUGAGGAGGUCGAGGAGUCGGCAUCGAAGCGAGUACGUCUUAGUACCGAUGAGAAAAUAGAACCUGAUCUGGAGACGGGGCUUGAAGAACCCCAAACAUCCUCCAUCGAAAAGGAAGCUAAGAAGGAAAUUGUCAAGCGGAGCCAUGACCUUCUAGGCAACAGUCCGGAUCGGGAAGAAGAAAUACCCAAUAAAAAACUUAAGACUGAAGACUCCGAUUCGAACAGCUCCGUCGACGGAACGCUCCAAAUUGACCUGGAUGGCCAGGACGAACAUAUGAAGGUAAAACCGGCGGGUUCACCCAAAGAAGAAGACGGAAAAGAACUUAAACUUGAGCUCAAGCCUGAACCGCAAAUCAAAAAGGAUAUUAAGCCGCUUCGUCUAGAGUUCUUUAAGUCCUUCCGCCGGAGCUUGGAUACAAUGACCCGCGACGAUUUGGAGGAGUUGGUGCUGCAAAAAGUCGUCGAAGGAAUGCUUGUCAAAAGUGAGUUUGCGGACAUCCGUUUGCAGCUCGACAAAUGCGAGAAUACACUGGCCACUUACCGACGGAAGAUUGCCGAGGUGUCCAAGCAGUUUCUCGACCUUGAGACUGUGCACAAGCGGGUGCUGAAGGAUCUGGAGACCAAGAACUCGCACUUCACAGCACCGGUGCGUAUAACGCGGGCCGUUGGCCUUCAAGUGGGUAUCCCGUUCAAGGCCAUUAAACCCACGGUCUCUGCUCCGGAACAGGCGCAUUCUGCAGGCAGUAUGUUGGCCCCGCCUAGCGGUACGCCUCCUAAGGCCAGCACCUCGCCGAUGCGAUCGCCAAUGCGGGCCAGACCACCCGUGCCUGGACCGGCCUUUUCAACAGGACCUUCAUCCGGCCUGGGUCCCAACCCCAGUACCACUCCAAGCCCUAGUCCCCAGCAGUCUCGGUCCACCGCUAAUAUUGCUCAAUCCCCUGCAGCGUCGGCCACACCCACGGCCCCAGUGCGACGGGGUUGCCUCCAAAAGGUAACACCACAGCGACCAGGGCCCGGUAACAUCCUACCUGUGCCGCAGGUCAACAAUCAAGCCAACGUGCACCGUUUGCAGACCACAUCGCCGGCUGCUCAGAGAACCAUGCACGCCUCCAAGCACACCGGAACCACUGCCUCCAUGGCGGCCUCGGCGGCCACAUUGGCGGCCAAGGUUGCCGCCAUGCGGAACCGGAAUUCUGCCUCCGCCUACGUGUCCCAGAAGCAGCAACAGUACCAAACACCUCGUCCUAGUCCUGGUUCCGGCCCCGGUCCCAGCCCAGCCAAACAAGCGCCUAAGUGCACAACGAAAGUGCGAGCCCAGCAGCCACCGCUUUCCGGUGCCACCGUCUCGGUGCCAAUGUCGUCUGCCGGCAGCGGGUCAGCGGGAUCUGGUGCCUAUGGCCAGCAGCAGCAGCCCAGCUUGGCGCCGGCCAAGCCCAAGGAAAAGGCCGUAAUCGACCUGACGGACGAGGAUGAUGCAGCAGCGGCGGCAAAGGCUGCCCAGGCUGCCCUGGCAUCCCAGGCUCAAAUCGAAGCGAACGCUCGUCUGCGACAGGCGUCCAAUGCGGCUGUGAAGCGGAAUGCCCAGGCGGCGGCUGGGACAAGAGGAGGUCGUGGAGGCGGAAGUGUGGUUCGAGCAUCACCGAUGCAACUGGGUCGUGUUAGUGCCCGUCAGAUAGUCCAAAACAAUGGUGCAGGUCAACGAAGUUCACUGGGCUCAAACGUAACCAUGCAGAUACGUUCGGAAAAUACCCCGCCGGCUGCUUCACGUUUAAGAUACUCGCAUCCUGCACCGCUGCCCACGUCGCCUGCCCAGCCCUUCAAUCCCGCCUGGAAAGUGCCACCUUCGCGACCCGUAAUCCGGAUCAGUUUGCUGGACACCGGAAUCGUUAUCUCCUGGACGCUGGAGGACACGAGUCCGCGGUUUGCUGAGUGUGUAACAUACCAGAUCUAUGCAUACCAGGAGACGAUUCAUGAGCCCAGCACGGAGAGCUGGCGGCAUGUGGGCGAUGUCAACGCCAUGCUCUUGCCCAUGGCCGUAACACUGAAUCAGUUCCAGGAGAACCAGCGGUAUUACUUUGCGGUGCGGGGCGUGGACAACCACCAGCGAUUCGGUCCGUUCAGUGUGCCCAAGACCUGGUCGUAAACAGAUUGUCGUGGUGGUCAUCGGCCACUUCCUUAGGACUAGAUAGUAGCUUCCGUAACCACAUGUAAUUUAUUUAUGUCCGCAUUUCAAGAUUUCGUUAAUAACGUAUUCCAUUCGAUCGCGUUACAACUUUGUUUCUCGAAAAUAGGCCGGAAUUAUGAGUUUAGUUUUAAUUUUUACAGAGAUUUUCGGUGAAAUUCUAAGGAGUAAUAAUUUAAAUAACUAAAAGUCAGACAGAAACAACAAAACAAAAAAAUUGCGUUUUAUUCACGUUAGGUUAUUACUUAUCACUAAUAAUUAAGUUCAAAACUUACAUGAAACAAAAUAUAAUAUUGAAUAAAUAUCAAAUGAAAAAAAGAUUUCGUUGUACGAAAUCGUGGCUA